CUAGGAGCGAAACGAGAUCACGUUGGCGAGUUUCCUUUUUCGCGCAGCGGAAGUCAUCGAAAGUUCAUCCCGCCCCGGUGUUGCACGAACUGCACUGAAGUUGCAACCUCGACGGACUUCAAAGUGGUACGUGCGCGCGAGCCGAGGAACUCCGUUCGGCUUCCUUUGCUUCCUGAGUUAUCCGAUUGAAGAAUCGAAGAAAAACAAAGGAAUAAAUAUUUCCUUAUUGAACACUGAUGGCUGUCAAGGGAUUAAUUUCAGCGAUUGUGCAGUUUUUGACUGAUCAAUUGCAAGAUGGGGACAUAACUGCCGACUCUCGCGAGAGCUUGGAAGUGGCAAUCCAGUGCCUGGAAAGUGCUUACAAUGUGCAAGCUUCUGACGCUCCAGCAAAUUUUAAUCUAUAUCAAGUUUACAAGAACACUGUAGAGAACGCGGCGCCUAGCCUAGGCCCAGAGGCUACUACAGAAUUAAAGGCCGAGGCAGAAAGAUUGAAAAACGAAGGCAAUGCGCUUAUGAAACAAGAGAAACAUCAAGAAGCGCUUGCCAAUUAUACAAAAGCAAUACAAUUGGAUGGUCGCAAUGCGGUAUAUUAUUGCAAUAGAGCUGCUGUUUUGUCCAAACUCGGUAACCAUACCCUAGCCAUCAAAGACUGUCACACAGCACUCUCUAUUGAUCCUUCGUAUAGCAAGGCAUAUGGUCGAUUAGGCUUAGCAUAUUCCAGUUUGGAGAGGCAUAAAGAAGCUAAGGAAAGUUACGAAAAGGCUCUAGCAAUGGAACCAGAUAAUGAAAGUUACCGGAAUAAUUUGCAAUUAGCAGAAGAGAAAUUAGCUCAGUUAGGUGUCAACCAAUCUCUGCCUAAUAUGCCUGGUAUGGAUCUGAGUGCCCUUUUAAGCAACCCUGCUCUAAUGAAUAUGGCACGUCAGAUGUUAUCUGACCCAGCUAUGCAAAAUAUGAUGUGCAAUCUAAUGUCUGGCAAUGUGGAGGAAGGUGGUCGUAUGGAAGUGCUCAUAGAAGCAGGUCAACAAUUAGCACAGCAAAUGCAGAAUGCAAAUCCCGAGUUGAUCGAAUCGCUAAGACGACAAAUGGGCGGCAAUCCAAAUGAUCCGGAGCCACCGCAGCAAAAUUGAAAUGUAUGACUGAGGUUUUAUGAUAGGAUACGAACAGUUUAUGCGAACAUCAUUUUCUUUCUCACUAUAUGAAACAGUACAUCGUAUCAUUUUUUAAAACAUCAUAAGGUGAGACUUAUAGCUUGAAUAACAAUUUAUUCUACCAUCAUAUUAAAAGCAAUGAUAACAUGCAUACCACAGAAUUGAUUUUAUAGAUUAGUCAUCGAUUAUGGGUGCAAAAUCAUGUUUCUGGGCU